AUGAACACCUCAUCGUCAGCAUCAGCAUCAUCGUCCUCAACUUCGUCAACCAGUUACCCGACCACCUCAGAUCGAAAUGCAUCUUCAUUCUUCCUUCCAUUCGAUCCUAAUUCACCUCUUCUGGUAGCCAAGGGAGUUGUGACUACAGGUACAUUGGGAGCUAUCACGGGAGCUUCAAUAGGAGUCAUUCAGUCUAAAAACCCAUUUGCACUUUCAAUUAACAUGACUGUUAACUUGUCUAUAGCAGGAUUGACUUUUUUCAGUAUAAGAGAAUACUUUGUAUCACCAUUAUUACUUUCUUUACAACUUACUUCAUCCCAUUCGAAAAGAUUCAAUAAUCUACUAGAAAAAUCAUAUUACGAACAAGGAUUGUCAGAAAAUCAGAUUGGGAAAUUACCUUCCACUUUCAAUACCACUUCCACUUCCGACGUCAGUCCUACUACUGCAUCAUCAUCAUCAUCGUCGUCGUCGUCGUCGUCGUCGUCGUUAUCCGAAGUGAGAUGGGAUAGGAUAUCAGAUUCUGCUAUUGCAGGUGGAUUGACGGGUGGUAUCUUGUCUUCUGCAUUCAGAGGAAGAGCUACUUUUCCUAGAGCGACUUUAACUUCAUCAAUAAUAGCAACGAUAUUACAAUUAUCCAUCAAUGAAAUUCGCGUAAUACGUUUAAAAGCUUUAGCUAAACGAACGGAUCUGAAUCCUGUUCCUGUCCAAGUUCAAGAUCAAGAUCAAAAUCAACAUGUUCAAUCAUCCUUGUCAACAGUCGAUCAAACGAGAUUGACAAUCCAAGAACAAUCAAAGAUUGAUCAUUCACAAGAUAUAUCAAGACAAUUUCAAGACGAUUCAAUACUCAAGUCUUCUAAUCCAAUAACAUUCAGAAAUACCAACGAUAUCAAUCAUAACAAUAAUCCUUCAUUCCCUGAAAAGAUGAUGGGUACUUUGACUAAAAUAUUACCAGUUAGGAAAUUAACUAAUGAAGAAUAUAUAUCUACUUUGGAAAAGAAAAGGACAGAAAUCGAUAAGAGAUUGGAAGAAAUUGAUGAUGAGGAGAAAAGAAUGUAUGAUUGGGCUCAAUCACAGUCACAGUCAAGAGGAAUAUAA